AUGCGAUCUCACUCUGUGCUUUCCACUGCAGCGCUGCUGGCACUUGCCACGGUGCCUUGCACUGCAUUCGGCGACAAUAUUAUUUAUCCUCAACAACAAAAAGAAGCCUUCAACACGACUGAAAUACCCCGAGCUCCUCUUCCUUGGGGAAGGGUCAACUUUCUGCACACAACGGAUACUCAUGGAUGGCUUGAUGGGCACGCAAAUGUACCCAGCUGGGGUGCUGACUGGGGCGACUUCGUUUCCUUUGUCAUGCACAUGAAAGAUAAAGCCUUACGCAAGAAGGUAGAUCUUCUUCUUAUCGAGAGUGGUGAGUUCCCUUUGAUGUCAAUGUUUUUACUUCGAGAAAAAUCUCCGAUGUUGACGUGGUCACCUUUCCUUCUCCUAGGAGACUUCCAUGACGGUGGCGGCCUCAGCGACAGUACAAGCCCCAAAGGAGCUGUCUCAGACAGUAUCUUUGAGAACAUUGAUUACGAUAUCGUGACCAUUGGUAACCACGGCGUUCGAACCGGGGCAGAAGCGUUAAACAUCCAUUACAACCUAUCGAGAGUCUUUGGUGACCGGUUUCUCACCAGUAACGUCGACGUAGAAGACAAUAAAAAACUUGAAUCAAUUGGCAAUCGAUAUCGCGCUUUCCAGACCAGAAAUGGGCUACGGAUCGUGGCGUUUGGAGUCACUGUCAAUGACCCUGUCCUCAGGGAUCUAAACCAUACAGAGGUUCACAACGCGAGCUGGAUAUUCGAACAAAAGUGGUUUGAGGAAGCCAUGAAGAAAGAGGCUGACCUCUACGUGAUUGUUGGUCAUGCCCCUACCUACGCUUCCUGCCUGGAUCCUACAAAGGAUAAUCCUAUGGUGUGUCUGCGCGAUAGGAUCAGGAAUUCCACAGAUAAGCCUAUCCAGCUCUUCGGGGGCCACGCCCAUCAUCGAAACUUCACGUGUUAUGACGAAAGAUCCUCAGGUAUUGAAUCUGGCAAGUAUUGCGAUACCGUGGGAUGGGUGGCCUUGAACAACGUGUCAUCACCUACGUGGUCUGGUGCGAAGGAGCUGCUGGGUGACGAGCCCCAUCCGAACAAGUCCUGCGCCGUAGGAAAUCAAGGAGAUACACAGGACAUCCCUUAUCUUCUAGAUCGCCGAUACCUGGACUGGAACCGUGUAACGUUUGCGUACCAUACGGUGAACCUGGAAGGAAACACCAGCAACCCGUCCGUGCCAGCAUCCUUCGAUAUGCCCCUGGGCCGCAAGGUCACCGAUGAUAUCAGCAAAGCCCGACAUUUACUCAACCUGACCCACUUCCUAGGCUGCGCAAAAGAAGACUACUGCUUCAAUUGCAAGAAAGUGGGAGAGGACGGCAAUAUCUAUGAGCUCCUAAAGGUUGCCCUCGCUGAUACGGUUGUCAACAAAGAGCGGGCACACCUUGCACGGGUUGUGAUUUCCAACGACGGUACAAUCCGGGAUAAUAUUUACCAAGGCCCUUUCACGACAGGGGACGCUUAUGCUGUCGUGCCCUUUCCGAAUCAUUUCCAGUAUAUCGCGAAUAUGUCAUGUCAUGAUUUUAAGAAGAUGACUUCAAGUUUGCAGGCAAAGCAAAACGUUUCCUGCAUCAAUGACGGCGACCAUGAUGAUUCCUCUGUGGGUAACGAAGAGGGUCAUAGAUCCGAGUAUCAGUCACACCUGGAACUUCGGAGCAUAUUUGACGAUCGUAGUUAUCAUCAGGCUAGGGAACGGAAAGAAUACAGCCCAGGGUACACAACGCACGACGCCUUAGGCAACGACGGAGACGAUACUCUACACUCUCGUGUUAUCGAGGACGAAAGAUACAUGAAACUGUUCUGGGCAAAUGCCAGCUUCCCGAACCUGCCUCACUACCCGCCUUCAUUUGAUGUGGUUUUCACCGACUACCUCAUGAAGAGAAUUCUCGACGCUCUUAAGAAAACAGGAGCUCCCUAUACGGAGAAAGAUGUCAUCGAUUACCUGCCGCGGACUUAUACUAGCAGGGACGUCCUUGUUGAUUAUACUGCGAGGAAUUGGAGCCAGGAUAGGGAGAACUGUCCUAUUCGGAAGCCGGGUGAUCGUUAG